AUGCAAGCAUCCGUCAUGAAACAUUUUAUCACUUAUUUGCUCUGCUUACAUUCGUGCACCAUAGUGUUUUCGGAGAAGGAAAUGUCAAGUUCUGUUAAUGAAACAAAAGUUCGCGACACACAAUUUAUACAAUUUCCGGAUGAUAAUGGUGAAGUUCACUUUAUUGAAGUCCGCGCAAUUCCUUCUAACACUUUGUCAACCAUUGUCAAUUUUUAUAGUAAUAAAUACUUCUUGUACACUCGACAAAGUGAUUUAGUCCCCGAGAGACUGAUAAUGAAUGAUGUAAAUUCAAUCGAAAGCUCAAAUUUCAACGAAAGUAAUCCUACAGUUGUAGUUGUUCACGGUUGGACUGGAAAUCUUCGUUCGGGUGUUAACGAUGCCUUACGCAGUGCCUUCCUCUCAAUUUCGGAUUACAAUGUGAUUAUUUUGGACUGGAGUCGUGUUGCGUCUAAGGACUAUGUGACCGCUGUAGCUGCUGUACCGCGGGUGGGUCAGCGCUUGGGGCAGUUCCUGACUUUUCUGAGCUCGGCCACUGGCGUUUCAUUGAAGUCUAUGCAUUUAAUUGGCCAUAGUCUAGGCGCUCACGUGGUAGGCAAUGCCGGUAGAAAUCUUGGCGGGCGAGUCGCCCGGAUUACAGGUUUAGAUCCCGCUGGCCCACUGUGGACUCAGAACAAUCAACGCUUACGUAAGACUGACGCGGUAUAUGUUGAGGCGAUUCAUACAAAUAGCGGCACUUUCGGUAUCGUAUCAGCAGAUGCAGCCGCUGACUUUUAUCCAAACGGUGGAACUGCGCAACCAGGUUGUGCAACAGACGUGUGCAGCCACAAGCGUUCUUGGGAACUAUUUGAAUCGAGUGUUGAUUACAACGAGCUUGAAGGUCACAAAUGUUCCUCAACCUUACAGUAUACAGCAAAUUCGUGCCGUGGAAUGGCACUGAAAAUGGGAAAUGGUGAUUUGAACAAAAGGGGGAGCGGAGUUUAUUAUCUCACAACGACGGGGGAGUAUCCCUUU